CAAGUCUUCCUUAUGGUGGUUUUAUUGCGAUGAAAGCACUCGAAGGUGCUAAUUUAAAUGAAGCCACUGCUAAAAAUAAAAGAAUAUUCAUUUUGGGUGGAAACUCUCCAGUUGGAUGCAUCCUUGGACAAUUACUACAAUCGUGGGGAGCUCACAUUACAGUAUCAUGUGCACCGAUUGGCAUAAAAGUCGCCAAAGCUUUAGGGGCUCAUGAUGUCAUAACAUUAAUUCCUGAAAAUGUAGACAGCAGUAUGGCAGAAGAUGAACUUCAGAAUAGCACUGAUUUAUUGUUAAAAGAAUUGCAUCUGAAUGAUCCAUUUGAUACGAUAUUUUUAACGGUGGAAUCAAAUAUGAAGCAUACGCAGUGGUUGAAUUUCAUAAAUAAGGAUGGAUGUAUUAUUAAUACUAUUGAGCCUGAAUUGUUGAGCGAUAGCUUUGGUUUAAUAUUGAGGACAAUAUAUUCUUUUGGUUUUUAUGCUAAACGGAUUAUUGAGGUAGGCGGUAGACAUUAUAAGAAACAUCAUGCAAUUUGAAUUUAUAAAAAUGAUUUUAAUUUUUAGCAUAUUUUUGGAAGACAAACGUUACCAGCAAACGU